GCUGUUUCAUCAGUGGUUAACUUUUUAUCGCUGUAUUUUUUGCUAAAAUUUGGAUUAUUACGAAAAAUACCAUAACUUUUUGAAUGAACAUGUUGAAAACAUGGUGCAGUAGUUCUAUUAAUUUACUUAAAAGUGCAGCCACCGUGCAGCAGCAAGUGCGGACAACUUUUGUGUUGAAGCGCAAAUAUGACCCAUUGUUGCAUAAAACGAACGCCAAACCACGAAAAUUGCGUGCGAAACAUUUCAUCUACGAGUUGGUAGAGGAUACAAAUGUGAAACGUCGACCGAAUUUGGAAGUUGUGUUAAAAACUUAUGUGGAAGGUGUGGGUGAUAAGGGCGAUGUGGUGUCGGUGAGACCUAAUUUCGCCUAUAAUAAAUUGUUGCUACCAGGUUUGGCAGUGUACAAAACAGCUGAAAAUGUAGCGUUAUAUACCAAAACCGAGGACGAGAAGAAAACUGUGCGCCAUAGCUCUGCUUUUGCCCAGCGGACGAUAAACAUUAUCGAACGUUUCUUACUGGCUGUGGUUAUGAAUAAGGAUCAGCCAUGGGUUGUUGAACCCUGGCACAUAAAAGCGUCUCUUCGAAAAGCGGGUAUUCAUUGUCCGGAAGAGUGCAUUACUAUGCCAGAAGAACGUAUUGAAGGUCCAGAUAUGAAUAAAGAAGCCAAAGAGUUCUAUUGCACUAUUACCAUAAAUAAUUUGGAGAAGGCCCGAUUGCGCUGUCGUAUCCAUCAUUGGAGUACAGAUCCGAGUGAACGGCUGCCAUAUGUACAGGAAUUUUGGAAAAUACCUUCAGAACCACUUUUCGGUGGUGAAAACUCUAAAGAACCCACAGAAAAAUUAGAAGAGAAGUAGUAUAUGUAAAAUAAAUAAUGAAAAUUAAUAAACUAACUACCAAUUUAAAACA